AUGGCUCAACUCCUGAAUAGCAUACUCAGUGUGAUCGAGGUAUUCCACAAAUAUGCCAAAGGGAAUGCGGACUGUGCCUUACUAUGCAAGGAAGAGUUGAAACAACUGCUCUUGGCUGAGUUUGGAGACAUCCUCCGGAGACCAAAUGACCCAGAGACUGUGGAAACCAUCUUGAACCUCUUAGAUCGAGACCGAGAUGGACAUGUUGAUUUUCAUGAGUAUCUCUUGUUGGUGUUCCAGUUGGUCCAAGCCUGCUAUCAUAAGCUAGACAAUAAGUCAUAUGGAGGCAGGACCUCACAGCAAGAAAGGGGGCAGAAAGGAGCACAAGACCGUAAGUUCCCAGGAAACACAGGCAGACAACACAGACAGAGGCACGAGGAAGAAAGGCAGAACUCCCACCACAGUCAGCCUGAGAGACAAGACAGAGAUUCCCACCAUGGUCAGCCUGAGAGACAAGACAGAGAUUCCCAUCAUUCCCACCAUGGUCAGUCUGAGAAACAAGACAGAGAUUCCCACCGCAGUCAGCCUGAGAGACAAGACAGAGAUUCUCACCACAAUCAGUCUGAGAGACAAGACAAGGAUUUCAGCUUUGAUCAGUCGGAGAGACAAAGUCAAGACUCUAGCUCUGGUAAAAAAGUGAGUCACAAAUCUACCAGUGGCCAGGCUAAAUGGCGGGGACAUAUCUUUGCCUUAAAUCGGUGUGAAAAACCAGUUCAGGAUUCUCAUUAUGGUCAGUCUGAAAGACUUGCACAACAAUCUGAAACACUUGGACAAGCCUCUCGCUUUAACCAGACAAAUCAGCAGAAAUCAGGCUCUUAUUGUGGACAGUCUGAGAGGCUAGGUCAGGAAUUAGGCUGUGGUCAGACAGACAGACAAGGCCAGAGUUCCCACUAUGGUCAGACGGACAGACAAGGCCAGUGUUAUCAUUAUGAUCAGACAGACAGACCAGGCCAGGAUUCCCACUACAGUCAGCCAAACAGACAAGGCCAGAGUUCCCACUACAGUCAGCCAGACAGACAAGGCCAGAGUUCCCACUAUGGUCAGACAGACAGACAAGACCAGAGUUAUCAUUACGGUCAGACAGACAGACAAGGCCAGAGUUCCCACUAUGGUCAGACGGACAGACAAGGCCAGUGUUAUCAUUAUGAUCAGACAGACAGACCAGGCCAGGAUUCCCACUACAGUCAGCCAAACAGACAAGGUCAGAGUUCCCACUAUGGUCAGCCAGACAGACAAGGCCAGAGUUCCCACCACGCUCAGACAGACAGACAAGGCCAGAGCUAUCAUUAUGGUCAGACAGACAGACAAGGCCAGAGUUCCCACUAUAUUCAAUCACAGACUGGGGAAAUACAGGGGCAAAACAAGUACUUACAAGGGACUGAAGGAACAAGAAAAGCCUCUUAUGUUGAACAAUCAGGAAGAUCAGGGAGGCUAAGUCAACAGACUCCAGGACAGGAAGGGUACCAAAACCAGGGACAGGGAUUCCAGUCUAGGGACUCACAGCAGAACGGCCACCAGGUAUGGGAGCCUGAAGAGGAUAGCCAACACCACCAACACAAACUCUUAGCACAAAUCCAACAAGAAAAACCACUUUGUCACAAAGGGAGAGACUGGCAAUCACGCAGUAGUGAGCAGGGCCACAGACAGGCCCAGACCAGACAGAGUCAUGGUGAGGGGCUGAGCCGCUGGGCAGAGGAAGAGCAGGGCCAUCAAAGUUGGGAUACACACAGCCAUGAGGGUCAGGAAGGUCCAUGUGGGACACAGGACAGGCGAACCCAUGAAGAUGAGCAGAACCAUCAGAGACAAGACAGACAAACCCAUGAAGAUGAGCAGAGCCAUCAGAGACGAGACAGGCAAACCCAUGAAGACGAGCAGAACCGUCAGAGACGAGACAGGCAAACCCAUGAAGACGAGCAGAACCGUCAGAGACGAGACAGGCAAACCCAUGAAGAUGAGCAGAACCGUCAGAGACGAGACAGGCAAACCCAUGAAGAUGAGCAGAACCAUCAGAGACGAGACAGGCAAACCCAUGAAGAGGAUCAAAACCAUCAGCAACAACAUAAUAGACAAAACUAUGAGGAGAAAGAGAGGUAUCAAGGACCUCAGAAUCAAAAAUCCCAAGUGACCCAGAGAAGCUGUCCUAACAGAGAAAAAUUCCACAUGAAAGAGGAUGACCAGAGCCAAGGCUCACAGAAAAGACACACUGAACCAUCCUUCUAUCCAACCCAGAGCAGUGGGAGGCCCCAAAGCAGAGAACAGCGUGGUCACCCUACCAAGGGAGCUACUGCUCCCAACCCUCUCUAUGACUAUAUGCAAGAACAGAAAUCCUACCGGUACUAG